AUGGCUACCUCAAGCACCACCAUCACACACACUGUUGCAAUUUCUUCUCCCACCGCAUCCUCCUCUCAGGCCAUUAACGUGGCUAGAAUCUGUACUCACAUACCCAUCACAUUGGACCUCCAGUCGUCCAAUUACUCUAAGUGGCGUACUCUUUUUCUUGUGACACUUGGGAAAUACGGACUUUCCAACCACGCCGACGGUACUGACCCUCGUUAUGAUGAUUCCGAGUGGGUGCAACAUGAUUAUAUUGUUCUUUCAUGGAUCUACGGCUCUAUAUCCAUAGAGAUCCUUGACUUGGUAAUGAGCCUCGACGCUACCACUCAUGGCAUCUGGACGGACAUCGAAAAUAUGUUUCCCGACAACAAGAAAAGGCGCAUCGUCUUCCUCGAGGCCGAGUUUUGCAAUAUCAACCAGGGAGAUAUGACAAUAACCGAGUAUUGUCACAAGCUCAAGACUAUGGCAGAUGUUCUCGGUGACAUCGGCCAACCCAUCUCCAAUGAAACAUUAGUCCUCAUAAUGCUUCGGGGCCUCAACAACAACUUCGCAACUAUGGCUACUUUGCUACCUAUGCAAUCACCUUUUCCUACCUUCAUUCGUGUGCAUUCCUUGCUCCUCCUUAAGGAAACGCAACACAAAAAUACCACCAAGAGCAUUACCCCUAUCACCGCUCUUGUUUCGACCACCACCUCCAUAAUAGAUCAUGGAAAUACCAAUGAUCGUGGUGUUCGUGGUGACCAUGGUAACUUCAACGGCCAUGGUCAUGGUGGUCGUGGCAAGGGCCAUGGUCGUGGUGGUCACACCGGGCAAGGAAGUGGCCGCAACCAGAAUUUCACCAACUCAUCAUCAGGUUGGGCACCUUUUUACAACCCUUGGACUGGGGUGAUUCAUGCAUGGCCAAACCAGUGGUGCUCUCCUCCUAAUACCGGCAUUCUCGGUCCACGUCCAUCAUUCUCUCCUCAAGCGCACGCAACCUUUGCUCGGGCUCACCCCUUCCUUGCCACAUGCUCCAAAGCAUCUCACCUCAAUGCACUAGCUUCGGAUUAG